CAUUAAGAGUACUAGCGCUCCUACACAUGGAACAUGUUGCUCAAAAUAAAGAGUUCUUAAGUGUCAUGGAUUCACAUAAUCAAUAAAUCCUCGGAAGGUCAGAGGCGGCAGGAAAACCAAAGGAUUUGAGGGAAUUUCAAGUUAAAUGAGCAUUUUGGACCAUCUUUCAUUAAAGAACAAAAAGGAAGAGAUGGAUGAAAAUAUGAACCUGAAAGAGAGAGAAAAGUGUGAGAGUUUCCUGGAGGAUAUGCUGCUUCUAACAUCGCAUAAUCUACCUAUGAAAGAAGUUAAAGACAAUUACAUCAUUGUGAAGGAAUUAGGAAAUGGUUCAUAUGGACACGUACUUCUUGCACUGAGCCAGUCACAAGGAAAUUUAAUGGCUUUAAAGUUUAUGAGGAAGAGUAACACAGAUCUUCGAGUUUUCCUUAUUGAGUACUGUAUUUCACUUAGUCUUACAGCUCAUCCAUGCAUUAUUGGAAAUUUUGGAACUGCGUUUCAGACUGAUAGUCAUUAUGUCUUUGCCCAGGAACUGGCUGCAGGAAAUCUAUUUUCCCUAAUGAAACCACAGGUUGGUGUGCCGGAAAUGUCAGUUAAACGUUGUGCUAUACAGCUUUCAAGUGCUUUGGAGUAUAUGCACAUGAAAGGACUUAUUCAUCGUGAUAUAAAACCUGAAAAUGUGCUUAUUUUUGAUCAGGAGUGUCGCCAAGUUAAGCUAACAGAUUUUGGGCUUUCCUGCACUAAAGGCACCUCUAUAGACUCAAUGCCUGAUAAUUUGCCAUACACAGCACCGGAAAUGUGUAUUUUGGGAACCUCAGACAAACUAAUUGCACAAGCAAGUUUAGAUAUCUGGGCAUUUGGGGUUCUCCUUUUCUGCAUCCUGACUGGAUACUUUCCCUGGAAAUCUGCUGUGAUGUCAGAUAAAAACUACCUGGAAUAUGCCAAAUGGCACAGGAGUAGUAGGAUAUUCAAACUUCCAGUCCAGUGGAAGUUGUUCAGUACAGAAGUUUUGGAAAUGUUAAAGAAAUUUAUUGCUCCAAAACCAGCAAUGAGAUGUUCUUCUAAAGAAGUAAUGAAUUAUGUUAAAUCUCCCUGGAAAGUUGUCCUUGAAAAUAAGAACCUAAAUAGGGAAGACAUUAAUGUCUCUAGUUAUUUAGGCAGUCUGUCAGAUAAAUGUAAACAGUAAUAGGACAAAACUUUAAAUUUGCAAAUACAGAAUACAGUCCAUAGUAAUAUCGAGAAGUCUUUAAUUUGUGAUCCAAUAUUUUUUAAUGAUUUAACAGGUGACUUGGUGUACUUCUUGCCUUGGUUCACAUUACACUGAAAACAGACAGUGUUACCUGCAUAGAUUGUAUACAUAUAUCCCCAAAUUGACAGCUGUGUAUUGUGUAAAGAAGCAUCAGGUUUUUUAUUACUGGUGAACGCUGACUAAUUAACUUAAAGUCUGAGGUGCAUACUGUAAUAAAGGGAAACUAGGCAUCCUAAAGUGUUGGAAUGAGCAAAUGGUAGGGGAUAAGAGGCUCUGUAAUGUUUUACAUGGAAAUUUUUGACAUAUAGUUUAUGAGAAGAAAAAUAUAAGCAAAGAA